GAAACACCCAUUAUUGCCCCCAACAAAUCCUUUUCAAGCUUAGAAAGAAACCUGAGCUUCUAAGACAUUCAUUCUCUCCUUCCAAUUCAUUCCCUUUCCCCCUCCUCCUCCCAGUUUAAACACUGCUCCCUUUAUAACCUUCCCUUCAGUCUUCCCCCACCCCCACUCUUAGCUAUCCUCCCUUGUUUCUUUUCUUAUCCUCCUCAGUAGUUUCUUCCCCUCUCUCAUGAUGGAUCCCUCUUCCACCAACUCUGUCAAUGGCUUCUACUCCUUUCUAGCCCGAGGAAUCGAUGAUCUUGAAAGACACUUCCUUUCCAGUAACUUCAUGUCAAUUCAAUUCCUCCAGAGAGUCCUAUCUCUGCUUAGAUCUUUUCAUACUCAGCUGACUCUUCUUGUUCAAAAACUUCACUUGCCAGUGGGUGAGAAGUGGCUUGAUGAGUACAUGGAUGAGAGUUCUAAGCUCUGGGAGGUCUGUCAUCUCCUCAAAUCAGGCAUAUCCAACAUGGAGAACUACUACUCCUCGGGAUUCAAUUUAAUUUCCUCGCUCGACAGCCAUAGCCAUCUAAGCCCACAGCUCUGUUGCCAGGUGAUUCGGGCGAUAUCAGGGUGUCGCAGAGAGGCGGUGGGAUUGGAAGAAGAGAACAGGUCAAUGAUGGAGGCAAGAAUUGAGCAGCUCCCACUUGGUUUUGAUGGAAAGGUCUCUGUUGAAUCCAAGCUCAAUGGAUUCAGUGGAUUCAGGGGAGUUCUCUAUGCAAUGAGAAAUGUUAGCUCACUGCUACUCAUGAUCUUGCUAUAUGGGUUGGUGUACUUCUGGCCUGAUUCCAAUUUUCUGGGAGGAUAUGAAGGCUGCUUGUUCUGUGGGUCAGGGCUGAUGAUCUCAGUGGCAAGGCUGCAGCAGAGGGUGGCGGCAGAGAUCGGGCAGAUUGGCAGCCGGCCGGGGAUUCUGCUGUAUGAGUUGAGGAGAUCAAAGAUGAGCAUGGAUGAGCUGAGGGGAGAAUUGGAGAGAUGGAGCUCACAGGGAGUGUUGGUGGAGUGGGAAACUGAGGCUGGGAUAAGGGAGAAAGUGGAGAGCCUGAAGGGUUUUCUGGGGAUGUUGAGAUCUGGGGCUGAGAACAUCAUUGGACAGCUUGAUGACCUCUUCGAUGAAAUUGUUGAAGGCAGGAAGAAGCUUUGGGACUUCUGCAGCCACAGGUAGAGGGGGAGAAUUGACGGGCAUGUCGUUAUGGAUGAAAACUUUGAAGGAAAGCAGAUGAAUGACACUGUAGAGAGGAAUCAAUCAGGAAUGUGGAGUGGUUGUACUGUUUUCUUCUUUUUCUUUUUCUUCUUUAUUUUCUUUUGAACAGCCCUUUCUUAGCUUUGUCUAUCUUUUCCCAUCCCUAAUCCUGAUGUGGUCUAGCUGGUUCUACAGCUAGCUAAUAUGGCAGAAUCAAAGCAUCUUUCUUCUAAGAACCUAAAAGAGGGGAAAUUUUGAAGGGAAAAAAAAAAAAAAAGAGGAAUGUGAAUCUUGGGUUUCAGAUCCCCGAUCUUGAGAAGAAAGUAGAAAAUAGAAAGAAGACGACAAGCUGUAAUCAGAACUAAAGUCUUCAUUCAUCCAGGCAGAAAAACAGUCCCUCUCUCCCUCCCUCCCGUAGAAUCGUAGAUAGAUGGAAAGGGAUAAAAGGCAAGAAGCUUCUUCUUUGUUCAUCCAUCAGGGGAACACAAGGGAGUCAAAAUCCUUAUUUUAUUUAUUUUCUGUUAGCUCUUUAAAGUCAUACCCUCUCAAACUGUCCUCAAUUAGGAGCCUCCUCAGUAGUACUACUGGUAAAUGACCAAUCAUUUAGUACUGAGACAAUAAUGGACUCUAGUCUAGGCUUUCAGGGCUAUACAUACAUAGACAGUGCCAGAGUACUGGGUCGCUGUGAUUUUAAAAGCAAAAGUCUUCUUUUAUUUA